GCAGCUAUAUUAUUUAUUUAUUUUUUCAACAUCCCCAUAGGUUUCUUGUAAAGAGAGGGAAAAAAUUGUUUUCCCAAUGCACAAGAUGCUUGACGUGGGUCUGCUACAACCUGCUGCAGUCACAAUAUAUGAAUAUUACUCGCCAGAUGCACGCUGUACAAAGUUCUAUCACCCUGAAAGGACGGAUGGUGAGAUAUACAGACUCUGUACAGGAGACCUGUGCGAGUGUGCAGAAGGAGACUGCACUUACCAGAAGAAAAACAGAGUUGACGAAAAUCAGCGUUCUGAUAAAGCCUGUGAACCUGGCAUGGAUUAUGUUUAUAAACUCAAAGUGAAGAACACGAAUCUGACACAGGAAUCUGACACCUAUGAUAUGGAGGUGGAAAGUGUCCUGAAACUAGGCACUGAUGAGGAAGUUGCGGGGAAGACGAGACAAUUUCUGGCCCGUCCCAAUUGCAGAGAACAUUUGGGAUUGGAAAAAGACAAGUCGUACCUCGUCAUGGGCAAAUUUUCUGACUUGGGUAAAAGUUUGCAGUAUGUUUUUGGAGAGCAGACCUGGGUUGAAUACUGGCCUACAGAAGAGGAAAGCCAAACUCAAAAAUUCUUUGAUCGAUACAACAGCAUCAACAAGCUUCAGAAGACCCUUGAAAAUUAUGGAUGUCCUAAAUAAUUAUAUAAUGGCUAUUUCUUGAUUACAAACAAACAAGCUCUCACUAAAUCUUAAAUGAUAUUGUUUGAGCCAAAACAAUUUUGACUGAAUGAAACUAGAAAAAGUUCAUUUUAGAAUCCUGACUAAUCAAUCAUGGUGUCAUUGUGUCAUUUUCUUAAGAUUUUAAUGUAUGCAUUAAAUUUACAUUACAUUUGUAUGUUUUUUAAUUUUUAAAUGUUAGAGGCAAACAAAAAUGUAUAGAAGGAUUUCUGUCAUUUACAAUUUACAACUUGCUUUGCAAAAAUAAACAAUUUCCAGAACUAA